GCUCACUCACUUUCAGCUCUUACAAGUUACCACAAAUGAAAAUACGACAGACAGUUCCAUUGUUGAUCAUCAUUAUUAAAAGAAACAGAAGCAGAAAACGAAGAUUGUCUCUGCGUGCAGCGUCGGCGAUGGUUCUUGUUCUUGGCAUGAUGUGAAACCCAGACCGGGUCAGGUUGCCCCAUUUGGUGGAUUCGACCGGCGGUACCAACACGUAAGCCACACUAUAUUGUGGUCCAAGUUGGGUUUUAUGUGCUUUGCCCGCAGGCCAGUUGGUAGUAGUUUUUGGAGGGGGAAAACAGCCAUACAUUUUGGCGGUGGUGCGCAUACCUCCCCAUCUUCCCUCCCUCCUCCCCUCCCCCUCCAAUUUAUUCAAGUUCUCUCACGACCACAUCCAUCCCCCUUCUCCUCCCCCCCCCUUUUUACCUUCUUCACUUAUGGCUGAUGUUCAGUUGAAAUUGGGUGCUUCGGCCCCAAUUUCUCAAGCUGAACAACAGCAUCAACAGCCACAGCAACACCAGCAUCGGGUGCGCAAGCGUCGUCGGCGGACAAUGGCGUGUAUGCAAUGCCGCAGCAGAAAGCUGCGUUGCGACCGUGAAUAUCCCGUAUGCGGGCGUUGUCAGAAGAGCAAAACCCCAACCCGAUGCACCUACGAGGAUGGAUUUCUCUGGCAGCAACCCAAUACAGUUGCUUCGCCCGUAUUCUCCGAGAAAGGUCCCACAGCCACGACACAAAUGGCCCCGACUGAUCGGGCGACUGCCCACCCUACCCCGGAUUCGGGGAUAAGUAGUUUGCCGACUCGGCCUCAACCUAUCUCCAGGGACUCACGUCCCGGGGAAGAGAGGCGCGAUAAGUUCUUGGAAACUGUUCUCGGCGCUCCCAAGGCUGCCGUCAAUCAAGAGCCUUACGCAAAUACUAGCCUGUUGCAGCGUCCUCGCCAGGUGCUCGAGCUGCAUCAGGAAACCCAACCGCACCACCCCGGGGAGGACGAGGAAGACCUUGCGUCGCCCACGCAGCAGCUAGACAUCUCGCCGCGGAUCAUGAUGCGAGGUCGAGAAACCAAGACUCGCUACAAUGGCUCGGGCAUAUUUGCCAAUCUGAUAGCUCAGUUUCCCGACCUCAGAGCCUUUGCAGAGGAGAUUAGGGUUGCCAGCCCUCAUCUCUCUGCCUUGCGCCCGGAUCUUAUCAGGGUCAAAAAGGGCCUCUGGAAGAGGAAGCCAUUAAAUGAACCAUUCCCAAUGCCCACCAUGCAAUCAUUAAUCACCAUGCUUCCUUCUCGCCCCGUGGUCGACGAGUUGGUCUAUUUGUAUUGCAGCUAUAUCGAGUCUUCCCAUCGCAUCCUUCACAUGCCCUCAUUUGUGGAGGAACUGGAGCAAUUCUGGACACAGCGAGACAGCCCUGACAUGACUUCCCCCAUCUUUGUGGUGCAACUUCUCCUAGUACUAGCAUGUGCAUGGAACCUGGCUGAUCUCAGCGCUCUCCAAAUGAAGAAUGAGGCCAAUCUCUCAUGCUAUACGGCCAUUGAAUGGAUUCUCCACGCGGAGAAGUGGAUGGAAAACGCCAAUUUCAAACGGCCCGAGCUCGCAACCCUCCGCCUAGAAACGCUGCUCAUUACCGCUCAGAAUAUCCAUGGCAUGAAGCGCAGCCAGGCCUGGCUUGCCACCGGGACUCUGGUCAAGCGGGCCAUGAUGGCAGGGUAUCACCGCGACCCCAGUCGAUAUACCAAGAUCUCCGCUUUUAGCAUGGAAAUGCGCCGACGCAUGUGGGCUACCAUCGUGGAACUCGACCUUCAAAUAUCCUUGGAACGCGGCAUGCCCCCUUCCGUGCAAGAGGAUGACUAUGACACAUUUCCAGCACUGAAUAUCGACGAUGCGGACAUCCACGAAGAUAGCACUGAACUACCGAAAGAAAAGCCGCUGGAGGUGUUGACAGAUUCUUCCUUCCAGGCAGUGCUGAGCCAAUCUCUUCCUCUACGGCUCAAAGCCUGUGCCCUGAUGCACUCUCCUCGAAUCAGCUGUCGAUAUGAGGAGAUCAUACGUCUGGAUUGGGAACUGAAUCGUCAUCUGUCCAGGAUCCCCACCUGGCCGACACCUGAAAUGGACGACUUCCAUCGUACCUCAGACCGGGUAGUCUUGAUCAAGGCUCUUUUGACGAACAAGAUUGGUCACUCGCUCUUGUCUAUUCACACACCCUUCGCCAUUGAAGCUCCCAAGGAAGCUCUUUUCGCACCGUCGGCUCGGUCCCGCCUUGAAGUCGCGUCGAUGAUUCUUUCCACUCAGCGGCGGCUCCGUGAGAUGUCGACUCCGCUUUCGCUCUGCAAUAUGGGAGAGUGGACAGUGCAGGCUUACUGCACUAUAUGCCAGCUCCUCCACGAAAAGGACGGUACCGCCGGUGAGUUGUUUUCUGACUUGACAUAUUUAUGCAAUAUGCUAAUUGAAUCACUAGGCGGUUUUUCUACCUCUCUCACUCGUACCCUACCCGGGCUCCCCGAGUUCUUGAUCUCCCUGGUGGAGACCACGCUGACCUGCCUCGAAUCCCGUCUGCUUCUCGUGGUGAAAGGAGCGAAAGAAUACUUUUUCAUGUCGACCAUCCUGGCGCUGGUCAAAGCCUCUCUCUGGCCCAGCCAGUCCCAUAUUUACAAACAAGAGGUAGUGGAACGUGUAAUCCUGUUCGCACAGACCCUCUUCACCCGACAUGCCAACUGCGCUCACCUGGGGGAUUGGGGCAUGGGUAGUUUCAAGACCAACCAGGUAGGUGUUUCAGUCAUAUUCUAGUCGACUUUCGAUCUGUUCGGUCGCUUACUUGCAUGUUUUUGCAGGUUCCGAGCCUCAAUGGUGGCCCUGGCAUGGCACCGCCCUUUGUUCCAGACGUAGCGGUCGGGCAGCCGGGGACCUUCGGCAUGGUGGUUAGUGUCUUCUACCUCUCUUUCCCUCUCGAAUCCAGCUCACACUCUGUCUAGCCCACUGUAGAUCCGUUUCUCGACUCCUUUGACUGGGCCGACUUGACGG